AUGGCGUAUGAGACAUGGACCAGAACCUGGAUUUUCCGAUCGCGAUCGAAGCGACAUAGGGAAGGGCGAGCCGGGGGGAACGAGAGGUAUAAGACCAGAGAGCGAGGGGGCAAGGUAUUACGCUCUUUCGAACGAGAGCAUACACCGAGACAGCGACUGGCCAACAGCCACAGCGAUCGAUUUGAGAUUGUUAUUAUCUGCCGAGUUUCGAUCUACGCUCAUCCCGAGACGAGAAGGAAGCGCAUGGGAUACACGGCACUGAAGCCGAUCGCGAUCGUGUCGAUAGACAGGGAACAAGAGCAAGGUAUCCCGUACCAGCGGCGGACACGGAGGGCGAUGCGAAAAGCGGCUGCGAUGCCUCCCACUCGCCCUGACCGUCAGAGAGCUCCUACUAGCUCCACCACGAACAAUGGCUCCAACGCGACUGGCUCGAAUGCCGGCGGGAAGGCUCAACCACCACGACCCCCGAAUGCAUGGAUUCUCUAUCGGUCGGACAAGCUCAAGGAGCUUGCGACACAACAGACGAGCGGACCACGCAAACCGCAGGCCGAGAUCUCGAAGAUCAUCUCGCAGAUGUGGCAGCAAGAAGGACCGGACACCAAGGGCAAGUACGAGACACGCGAGGAGAAGAAGGCCGAACACGCAGCGCUCUAUCCCGACUACAAGUUUGCACCGAUGAAGAAGGAGGACAAGGCCAUGUUGCGCAAGGCACAGCGCCUCGAAAAGGAGGAGAUCAGACAGGCAGAGCGCAACCGCAAGAAACGCAAGGGCAAGGCACGUGCCGACGAUGACAACGACAACGACGAUGACGAUGAUGGUGUGUGCUGUUUGCAUGUCAUCUGUCCUCUCCUGACGCUUGCCCAGACCGUCCGUUCCAGCAGCUGCCCUAUCCGCUGCAGCGACCGGCCCAGUCCUGGUAUCCCCCAUCGACCUAUGGUCCACAGGCGCAGGCGCCGACACUCGAGUACCCCCAACACCCCCACCCCCAUCCACCCCACGACGACCACGCUGCCUUUGCCGCUGCGGGCUGGAGUGCUCCUGUCGAUCCCCAGGGCAGGGCCGAUGACGCCCUUCCGUGCCGACGCCUACCAGCAAGACAGCUAUCCCGAGGAGGAAGAGUGGGCUGGCGAAGAGGGCGAGUGGAGUGCCGAAGAGGCCUGGGCUGGUCGCUCUAGGCGCGGCGCUGUCUGGGACGAGGAGCAGAUUGCCGGUCCUAGCCAGACCCCGUCCGCCAAUGGACUUCGAUCUCGACUACUCCCCCCCCAGCAGCCACAGUCGCUGACCAUCACUCUCCCGCCGUCAUCAACCCCUCGGAACAGCCAUACACAUUCGACCUCGACUUUGACAUGCCAUGGCACCUUUUCCGGCGACCCAGACGCCAACGUUGCCAUCUCCCUCAAUGACAUGAACAUCAACGAGUCCUCCUCCUCGUCCCGCAACGUUGGCUUGAACGAUCUCUUGCGCGCUCCCUUGCCUGAUAUUGCCGUUUCUUUCCCUGACUUUGUUGGGAAUCCCGACGGACAUGCCAGCUUCGACGUCUUGAGCACCGAGAACGAAGAGUGGUGGUCCGCCCUCAUGAACGUUGCCAUCCCACAAGAUGACACCUCCUACGCCGACUCGGGCCCAUCCCAGCUUAUGCAGUCUCAGCCUGUCGCUGGCCCAUCUUACGAGCCUGUCGCUGGUCCCUCGUCCCACCAACAGCAGCGUCCCGCCCCUAUCCACACUCAAUCCUUGCCCACAUUCAACCAUGGUCUGCCUAGUCCCGACGGCGAUCAUCAUCAUCAAGGUCGGCGGUCACGCGCUGCAUCCAGUGCUGCCUAUCCCGGCCAAAUGCCGGGCGCUUUCCCCGAACCAUCCUACCAAGAUUCCUAUCAACCCCAACCCCAACAAUAUCAUCAACCCCCGCAGCAACAAGAAUACAACCCCUCGCCAUUUGCCCAGAUCGCUUCCUCGCGAUCCAAUUCUGGAUGGAGGCAACCCCAACAGCAGCAACCGCAACCACCACAACAAAGGAGCCGGGCACCUUCAUUCCCCGCUCCUGCUCCUGCCUUUGCUCAGCAACAGUUUUCUUCGGCCGGUGCGCCGUUCCCUUCUCCCUCCGGAACCGCCCAGUUCCCUUCUCCAUCGGGUGCUGGAGCCUUCCCUUCUCCUUCGGGCGCAGGUGCUUUCCCCUCACCAUGCCAUGCCCCACCGUCACUCCCACUCUCACCCGCACCCUCACCCGCACUCUCAAUCCUUCCCGCACCAGCGCCAUAUCCCUGCCCCUCCGCCACCGACGAGGCCACCGCCUCCGUUCUUCUCACCCCCCGACAAAGGAAAGGAAAAGGACCCUGA